UCGGUUCUGUCCAAACAGAACGUGAGCUGUUAGCAGUCUGACUGUUGGAGCGCCGCUCGGUGCUAAACCGAUUCAUGUUGUUUUUUUAGCCUCCCGUCCCUUUAAACUAGACUAUUUUAUCGAAGAAUGAGUGAUAACGAUGAUAUCGAAGUCGAUAGUGACGAAGAAUCACCGAGAUAUCACUCUGUGGCAGACAAACGGGCACACCACAAUGCGCUGGAGCGCAAGCGUAGGGACCACAUCAAAGACAGCUUUCACAGCCUCCGGGACUCGGUGCCCGCCCUGCAGGGAGAAAAGGUUGGUAAAGCUCAAACUCAGUCUACCAAACAGGCGUCUCGAGCUCAAAUCCUAGACAAAGCCACAGAGUACAUCCAGUACAUGAGGCGGAAAAAUCACACACACCAGCAGGACAUCGACGACCUGAAGAGGCAGAAUGCGCUGCUGGAGCAGCAAGUCCGUGCUCUGGAGAAGGUGAAGGGCUCCGCUCAGCUCCAGACCAGCUACUCGUCGUCUGACAGCAGCCUCUACACCAACCCCAAAGGCAGCGCAGUGUCUGCGUUUGACGGAGGCUCUGACUCCAGCUCCGAGUCCGAGGCUGAUGAGCCGCCCAACAGGAAGAAGCUGCGCGUGGAGGCCAGCUAGAAAGCCGAGCAGCUACAACCUGGCCAAGGUCGAGGUGGCGGAGCACAAGGGAGGGUGAGAGGAAACGCAGCCUUCAAAGCUCUCGAGGCUCAUCAAACCCUCCCCCCUCAUGCCAACAACCACCACCCCCGGCCUCCCUCACCGACGUCCUCGUUCUCUCUCCUCCAUCUCUGGGUGGGCUCGCACUGGAGACUCAUGACCCCUCAAACCUCCUCACACCGCCAUCACAAUUGUCUCUCUUUCCACCCGAUCUCCGCGAACAAGAGGGAGGAAGUCAGCAGGGUGGAAGACGACUGCUUCAAUACAUCUAGAGAGCUUCAGGUUUUUUCCCCUUCCCAUCCCUCUCUCCCUUUUCUCUGGUUCUGCGUCAUUGGUAUUUCCCCCCUAGCAAUGUCAACAAUCCAAAACCCAAAAAGAGGCAGCUUGGCUACUUAAGGACUUGAUGCUUUUUUGUACCCACAAUAAAGCCCCUCCUCCUACCCGGGUUGUUUUUGGGGGGUGGGA